GCUGUGUGUCAAAUGUAGGUUGAGCGAGUGCUUAAAACCGGGGGCUCGAGAGUCCCCGCGCGUGAACUCGGCGCGGGGGGCUCGGGACGGGCAGCCAUGGAAUUGAACUCCCUGUUAAUCCUCCUGGAAGCGGCCGAGUACUUGGAGCGAAGAGACCGAGCGUUCCUGCAAAGGAGGAAAAAAUUGCAUGGAAAAAAUAUAUUGCCACUAAUGCUGACUUUGUCCCUAGAAGCAGAACAUGGCUAUGCAUCAGUGUUACCCUUCGAUAGUGACUAUUCCAGAAAGAAAACAAAGGCAGGCACCAUGGCCAGAAAAUCCCAGAAUAACAGGUCAUCACACAACGAACUAGAAAAACAUAGGCGGGCUAAACUCCGGCUAUAUUUGGAACAGCUAAAACAGCUUGUGCCUCUCGGGCCGGACAGCACCAGACACACCACUCUAAGUCUGUUGAAAAGAGCUAAGAUGCAUAUCAAGAAAUUGGAAGAACAGGACCGAAAAGCUCUCAAUAUUAAAGAACAAUUACAGCGGGAGCACCGCUACCUCAAGCGCAGGCUGGAGCAGCUAUCCGUGCAGGGCAUGGAGCGAAUCCGCACUGACAGCAUGGGAUCAACAAUAUCCACUGACUCUGAACAAGAAGUAGACAUUGAAGGAAUGGAGUUUACUCCAGGUGAAAUGGACAGUAUUGGAAGUGCCAGUGAUGCUGAAGACCACUACAGUUUGCAGAGCGGUUCGAGUGACGGAGGUUACACACAUUCCCGCAGACUGAAUGCCAGGCUCUCAUAGUGCCUGAGUUACCUGCUCAACUCAGGACCAUCUGACUGAAGCACUUAUAUAUGAAUAUUCCAGAGGUGUCAACUGCCACUCUUCCGGGAAACCCCAACCACAAUACUCUGACAUGGAGGUUUCUUACCCACGGUUCCCUGCACUGUAACCACAAUAGUAGAUAUUGUAAAUCAUGGGUUUGCUGCAGAGAACUGUGGUUAGGUACAGUUGUGACUUAAAGCUAGCUUGAUGUAGCCAUCCUGCAAAUUAAAGGAAAUAAAUUAUGUCGUUCCAUUCAAGAAGUAUUAAAUUCAAACUGUUGGAAGCAUGGCGUAAGGGAGUUUGACAGUUUAUUUUGAUUUUGCAGAAACCAUUUUCAAACAUGGAAGAAUAAAUGAAAUCUACAAUGUGUUAGUGAUUCAGAGAUACAAAAACCUAAAACUACUUUUUGUGGUAUUUUUUCAUGAAAAAAAACCCCAAACCCAAAACAUUUUGAAUGCUGUAUAGUGGGCUCCAUAGAGUAAAUUCUUUCAGCAGCUGUUGUUUGGGUGAAGCAGGCAGAUAAAUCUUCAAAUCUCAAAUGAUCUUUAGAAAAGGUCAUAUUUACAAGUCACUACUGUACUUCAAAAUGGGGGAAAAGCCAGCUCUAAUAAUGACUUCAUGUGGAAUGAUCUCAACUUUCUUUUGCUUUUUGUAUUCAAUAUCCAACCAGCAGCAAAUCAUUCUAUCCAUGUUAACGGGAGCAGUAGAAAGCAACAUGGCAGUUUUAACCUGUUACUGUGGAAUGGAUGACAUUUGAAGCAUUUCAGUGGUUUUAUGGGUUGUUGUUUUCAUUUCUUUCUCUGAAGAAUACAGAACUCAAGUGAUCCAGUUUGUGAUAGUUAAUCUUUCCUUGCAAGGAAAUGAAAUCUCUGUUUGCUUGUAUUUUUUUUUCUUCUCUUCUAUUUACACAUGUCAAUACAUUCUUAUGGAAGGCAUGGCUUAAAACUACAGUAUUCAGCUAGAAGAUAAUUAAUUUUUUUUCUUUUGCACACUAUAAUUGCAUUUUCUAUUCUUAAAAAAGUGCAAAAAAAUUAAAAUGUAUGCUGUAAAACAGCAAAGUUUAUUUAGUACUCAUCAAGCUGUUCAGAACAUAUUUACCCAAAUUGUAGCAAUACUAUGAAGAUGUAUUUUAAUACAACUUCUGCUUAGUGAAGUCAUUAGAGCUUGGCUUGCCGGGUAAGAAAAAAAUGGACCAGUCUUUGCAUUAUCUGUUUAAAGAAGGUCUUUUAAAAAAAUAAAAAAAAAAAGAAGGAAAAAAAAAAGAAAAAAUUGAAAAAAAAAAAAAGAAAAAAGCUAUAAACACUUUUAGGGAAGUGAUUUUAGCAAGUGUAGUCUAUAUUUCCUGUAAGAGAUUUUGUAUUAUAUUUUCCUAAAUGUUCUCAUUUACUUGUAUAAGGAGGGGAAUGGUACAGACCCAGACCAGAGUCUCAGGGACUCUUCACCUUUGUCAUAUUGUGCCUUGGUGACCAUUUAUGUAUGCCUCUCCUUCUCAUUGUUUAAAGGACAACUAAGCUUUGUUUCAAGACCCUCUGUUCAAAUGGUCAGUUGUCCACCUUCUUACGGAUGAAGCAGAGAGGUGUAUUUAUAUCUUCACCCUCUCACAACUGAUUCAGUGUGGCUUUAAGUAAAAUCAUGAAAUUAGGUUUUGGUGCGAGGGUUAAUUGUCUUUGUAUGAGCCCUCCCUUGGAUUCUUCAGCACCCAAAUCUAUUUUUUGUUAGCUUAUAAAGUCAGGGUCUCUGUGAGACCAGCGCUCAGUGGCUUGGGAAACACAAACGUACUGUGUAAGGCUAUGGGAUGUCCAAGUGUGGUGCCAUUUUUAGCAUUCAGAUACAAGACCUCAUGACAGACUGACCAUAAUGAUCAAAAGCAAAGGUUCAGUUGUUCUUUCAACAUCUGACAUACGUGUCCUCCCUUUGGCUCUUACAACACGGAGUAGAAAUAUGAAUACAUUUUGUGGCAGCUUACAGAUCCUUGUUUGCACUCUCGCUUACUGCUUGGAACUUGCCAACAAGGAAACGUAUACAUUUAAUUUACAUAACCUAAUGGAUGGCCACCCCUUCUUUGGCUCUGGGGAGGGGCCUAAGGUUAUCAACUCUGGCAGCUGAAUAAGAAAACAAUUAACCUUUUCUGUGAUGCAGGUUUUGGUAUUACAUUCUAUACACCUUGCAUAUUACUAAAAUCCUCAUUGUUGGGGAAAGCACACAGCAAUAUACUCAUUGUGUGUAGCUGACAAGCAGCAGAAAUUACUAGCUCCUUUGGUGCAUAUGUAACUAAUUUCCAAAUCAUGGAAAAAAAAAAAAAAAGAGUUUACUUUAACACACGACUGUUAACAGGAAAAAAAAAAGAGGCUAGUAUAUUGUUGCUGUUCAUUUAUUAUAUAAUGAACACAUUCAUGGAUUGUAAAGUGUUUCCUUUCAUGACAAGCAGCUCUUGCACAGAACCUCCUAAUGAAAAGAGAUUUGAAACUUACAGAAGGAAAAACGAGACUUUAAAUUGAACAUUAUUGUACCUUAGGUCAACCUGAAAUUUUCCUUUUAAAGAUGAAUGUGCUAACUUAAUGAGUUCUUCCACGCUGGGUAUCCAUGGCUUUGUAGAUCUUAUAUUUUCAAUAAAAAUUACUCGAAUAAUCUUGAGUGGAAAUAAAAA